AUGGAUCGCCAAACUAAGCUCCUCCUCCUCGCCCGCGCCUCCCAAAUCGUCUUCACAAUAGCAACAAUGUGCCUCCUCGGCGCCUGUGCCAACCUCAAAAGGUGGACUCAUCCCUCUGACGGAAGCUUUUCGACGGCCUGGAAACCGUACGGGAUGGUCAUGUGCUCUGGCCUUUACAACUCCGCCUUCAGCAUGCUCUUUGGUCUCCUUGGUAUCGUUGCUGCAACUCGACCGGACAAAUUGGCUUGGCAGAUCAUGAUAGCGCUUGAUUGUGGAGGGGUCGCGCUUAGUGUUGGUGCUUUGGUGUGUGCUAUCAAGGGAGCCAUCGGAUUCGGCUGGCACUCUGCGAGUCUUUGGUAUGCCACCAUCGCUUUUGCCUCAUUUGCGGCGGUCGCAACGGGCUUUUCCGCCCUCGUGAUGGCAUACGUGCACAUGCAUGUCAGCGUUUCCAGCAAGAAGCACAGUUGGCUCGCCGAAACGCCUAGGGAAGUGGAGCAAGAGCCUUACCAUGACGACCAGCCGGUCCUUAGCGAAGUGCGCCGUGUUUCUCCGGUGCACGGCUCAUGA